UUGUUGGUGUAACUGCAGUGUGCACGACCAGGGAUUUGUGUGAUUUUUCCAAUUGGCAAACGAAAAUAUAAAUAAAAUCAACUAAAGAUGACAUUAAUUAAACGUUUGGUAACUAGUAAUCUAGUUAACCGUUUAAAUAAUCUCAAAACUCUCAACAAAAAUGGUUAUUGUACUCAUUUGAAAUUUGCCGAACACAAACCAAUUGAAAAAAUCCGCAAUAUUGGUAUAUCAGCUCACAUUGACAGCGGUAAGACCACUUUGACGGAACGUAUCUUGUUCUAUACCGGCCGUAUUGCUGCCAUGCACGAGGUUCGCGGUAAAGACAAUGUGGGUGCAACUAUGGAUUCUAUGGAAUUGGAAAGGCAACGUGGUAUUACAAUCCAAUCAGCUGCCACCUACACCCUAUGGAAGGACACCAACAUUAACAUCAUUGAUACACCUGGUCACGUUGAUUUCACUGUGGAGGUAGAAAGAGCAUUGCGUGUUUUGGAUGGUGCAAUCUUGGUACUCUGUGCUGUGGGUGGUGUCCAAAGUCAAACGCUAACAGUCAAUCGUCAAAUGAAACGCUAUAACGUACCCUGCCUAGGUUUCAUCAACAAGCUGGAUCGCAUGGGUUCCAACCCCUACAGAGUUUUGUCACAAAUGCGUUCAAAAAUGAAUCACAAUGCUGCCUUUAUCCAACUACCCAUUGGUUUGGAAAGUGACUGCAAAGGUAUAAUUGAUUUAGUGGGGGAGAAGGCCAUAUACUUUGAAGGUCCCUUGGGAACAGAGAUUAGAUACGAUGAAAUUCCCAAAGAUAUGCGCACUGAAUCGGAUGAAAGACGCCAAGAACUCAUUGAACACUUGUCCAACGUUGAUGACACCUUGGGUGAAAUGUUCUUGGAAGAAAAGGCACUCACAGAAAAUGAUAUAAAGGCUGCCCUGAGAAGAACCUGUAUCAAACGUACAUUCACUCCAGUUUUGGUAGGCACAGCCUUGAAAAACAAAGGUGUGCAGCCUCUAUUGGAUGCUGUCCUUGAUUAUUUGCCCCAUCCCGGAGAGGUAGAAAAUAUUGCCUUGAUCGAGGAAGAUGGAAAGGAACCACAAUCUAUUGUCUUGAAUCCUGCUCGUGAUGGCAAAGAUCCAUUUGUGGGAUUGGCCUUCAAAUUGGAAGCUGGUCGUUUUGGUCAAUUGACAUAUCUACGUUGUUACCAAGGUGUCUUGCGCAAAGGAGAUACUAUUUUCAAUGCCAGAACCAACAAGAAGGUGCGCUUGGCACGUUUGGUACGUUUGCAUUCGAACAACAUGGAGGAUGUAAAUGAGGUCUAUGCCGGUGAUAUUUUCGCCUUGUUUGGUGUUGACUGUGCUUCCGGUGAUACCUUCACCACCAAUCCACGUGAUGGUCUAAGUAUGGAGUCAAUUUAUGUACCCGACCCUGUUGUGUCUAUGGCAAUUACUCCCAACAAUCCCAAAGAUCGUGACAACUUUGCCAAAGCUGUACAAAGAUUUACCAAAGAGGAUCCCACCUUCCAUUUCUACUAUGACAACGAUGUCAAAGAAACUUUGGUGUCCGGUAUGGGAGAAUUGCACUUGGAAAUCUAUGCUCAACGUAUGGAACGUGAAUAUAAUUGCCCUGUGACUUUGGGCAAGCCAAAGGUAGCUUUCAGGGAAACCUUGGUGGCCCCUUGUUCAUUUGAUUACUUGCAUAAGAAACAAUCGGGUGGUUCAGGUCAAUAUGCCCGCAUCAUUGGUGUAAUGGAGCCAUUGCCACCCCACCAAAAUACCCAAUUGGAAUUUGUUGAUGAGACCAUUGGUACAAAUGUGCCUAAACAAUUUAUUCCUGGUGUAGAGAAGGGCUUCCGCGAAAUGGCCCAGAAGGGUAUGUUGUCGGGCCACAAAUUGUCUGGUAUACGUUUCCGCCUACAGGACGGUGGUCACCACAUUGUAGAUUCCAGUGAAUUGGCGUUCAUGUUGGCUGCCCACGGUGCCAUCAAAGAAGUAUUCCAAAUGGGCUCAUGGCAAAUUUUGGAACCCAUUAUGUUGGUGGAGGUCACAGCACCAGAAGAAUUCCAAGGUGCCGUAAUGGGUCAAUUGAAUAAACGCCAUGGUAUUAUAACUGGUACUGAUGGUAACGAGGGUUGGUUUACAGUCUAUGCUGAAGUUCCACUUAAUGAUAUGUUUGGUUAUGCUGGUGAAUUGAGAUCGAGUACCCAGGGUAAAGGUGAAUUCACAAUGGAGUACUCCCGUUAUUCCCCAUGUUUGCCAGAUGUUCAAGAACAAAUUGUCCGUCAAUACCAGGAAUCACAGGGCUUGAUUCAACCCGACAAAAAGAAAAAGAAGAACUAAGCUAUCGUAUUCUAAUUCAUUUAUGUUAUAAGUCGAAUAACCUAUCUAGAAAUAUGUUUAUAAUUUUCAAUAAUUUUAAUUUAAUUUGUUAAAAUACAUUUUUGUACAGCUGUGAUACAAACGAUAUGAAAAAAAAAAAAACAGUCAACACUGAUAUAUCAAUUUAUAAUUAUACGAUGAUAUAGGGGUUUGAACUGAUUUGUUGGUAAAAGUUAGUCCAGGCAAGUCAUACAAGUCAUAGGAUCGAGGGUCCGGGAAAUGAAUACUAUUUAGCCCAAGAAUGUUUCUUCAAAACCCGUAAAAGUGAGAAAAAUUAAUAUUGGAGCGAUUAACGUGUUGGACUGCCGAGAACUUGACAAUUUAAAUAAAUGAAAGUUGUUCUUAAUGUUAACUAAAAUUGAUUGACAUUGUUUCUUGAAUUUUUGGCUACGCUGUAGUUAGGGCUAGAGGAAAGCACGAAAAUAAAAAUACGAAAGAAAAACAUUUCCACAAACAUCCAAGCGGGAAACGGAAGGCAAUUUUACAUUUGGUAAUACAUAUUAACAUUUCAAUGCUAAUUUUUGUUAUGUUGUCGAGAAAUAAAAUUAAAAAAUCUAUAUAGAUUGUCGGACGUGCACAAUUCAUGUAUCAUUAGAACUGAUUUAGGUCCUUUAGAGUAUUAUUUAAAACUGAAUAUUCGUUUUCGUGUCUUAACACCGAUACAGGAAUUUCCUUCAUUUAAUCUUUCAAAAAAUAUUGCAAUAUAAUUCAAUCUACAAUUAACAACUUGUAUACUAAGCAAUGUAAAAUCCAACAUCUACCAUGAAAAUAAAUAAAGCUGAACUUA